CUGCAGCAUUUCUGAACUGGUGCAGUGCCGGUUCAUCUCCACUAAUGGUGUGCAGAACAAGGGGGACUUAAAGAGAACAACUUCUCAAACCAACAAAUCAACAUAAUUUGAAAACCAAACAAAAAAGCAACAAAAACAUCCAGCAUUAUGAGCUUCAACCCUUUCAUUUCUUCCUCCCUGACCCGACGAUGGGAUGACUCCCACACCACCUACCGGCUCUCCCAAGGGCACCUCUCUUCCUCCAGGUGGCCAAUGCGUUUGGAGCCGCUGCAGCGCUGGGAGCAGACAGACUUGAGUAAGGUGAGUGUAGUGAAUGCAGAGCUGCUGGAGCUACGGGCCGAGGAAAGAGAACAGUUGGUGGGGCUAAACAACCGCUUUGCAUCUUACAUUGAGAAGGUGCGCCACCUUGAGCAGCAAAACCGUGCACUGCUUCUGCAGCUGGAGGCCCUACGUCGCAGGCAGAGUCAGCCCUCCAGGGUGCAGCAGCUCUACAUACAAGAGGUACGGGGGCUCAGGGAGCAGUUGAACCAAGAGGCCCAGAUUAAGGCACACAUGGAGGCAAAGAGGGACCAGUUGCGGGAGACCUAUGCACAGCUACACGAACGCUGGGAGGAAGAGGCACGCCUGCGGAUUCGGACAGAAGAAGACUUGCAGUGGCUGAAGGAGGAGGCAAGCAGGGCCAUGCUGUGCAGCAGUGAUGCAGAAGCCUGUGUGGUCUCCCUGGUGCAGGAGUUGGCAUUCCUGAAGCAAGUGUUUUCAGAGGAGAUAGAGAGGCUGAGGGUCCAGCUACAGGUGGCUAGCCUCAGCGUGGAGCUGGACACAAGUAGACCAGACCUGUCGGGUGCUCUCAGAGAGAUCCGAUCGCAGUUUGAGAGCCUGGCUGGACACAACAUGCAGACAGCUGAAGCCUGGUAUCAGGGUAAGGUGGCAAGUGUAGUGGCGCUGACUGAUAAACAGGAGAAGGCUGUGCGCUUGGUGCGUGAAGAGACAGCUGAGUACCGGCAGCUGCUCCAGUCCCGUUCCGCUGAAGUUGAGGCGCUGAGGAAUGCCAUUGAGUCACUGAGUGCACAACUAGUUGAACUAGAGGAGAUGCAGAACACUGAAGUCAGCAAUUACCAGGGGAAGAUAAGUGACCUAGAGCGGGACAUUGGUGACGCGAAAGAUGAAAUGUCACUCUAUUUGCGGGAGUACCAAGACCUACUUAAUGUUAAGAUGGCUUUGGAUGUUGAGAUUGCAGCUUACAGGAAACUCCUGGAGGGAGAAGAAAUUCGAUUGACAUAUUCCACCCUCCCAGUUCUCGCCUAAACAACUGAAAACACGAAACUCGAAUUCAUAAUUUUCUUUCUUUAAAUACUCAUGUGCCAAAUAAAACAAUUUUAGAUCAUACAAUUACCCUUAAGGUCCUGAAAUACCAACCAUGUUUCUUCAAACACCAUGAAGCAUAUAGAUUUGUUUUUCCAAAACCACCCUUGUAACCUAGAACCCCAGAUUAGACCCUCUUUGCCACACCCAAGUCCAUUUUGCAUUUACCUUACUCCAAGCAUCUAACCAUGAAACUAAAUAACAAAUCAGUGAUUUAAAGACAGACGAGUCCUUGUGUCACACAAGAGGUACAUCAAAAGAGGUCCCCCUUCUUCUUUACACUCUAAAUGAAAAUAUGGCCACCUUGGAGACAUUGCUAAAAGCAGCACUCACUCAGCCAGAGCUCAGUGUCAUGUUGGCUGAAUUCUUGUAGUCGAACUUACAAAGGUAAUAUAUUGUUCUGCAAGUAAAUAUUAAACUUAUUGUAUUUAUGUUAGACUCCUAGCACCCGUUGAGCAUCUGAUUAGCCAGCAAGCCCCUGCUAUGCAAACUUUUAACCAAAUGUUUGUGGAGGUGGAUUGUUGUUAAAUCUAGUCUUGCUUUGGGUGAUGUGCAAUGGACUAAAGCUAAUUCAUUUCUUUACAUGAUAUCAGACCAAGAAUAAGCCAACAGGACACUGUCCACCAUCCCUGGCUCUUUAGCUUACAUGUGCAGUUGUAAGAGCAACAGUUCCAUUAUAUGUUAGCUUAUAGACUGUAUUAUUUACAGUACAUUGAAUGUAGUAGAAUUUCAAUUGCUCUGUCAGUUCUGCUUCUCGUGUUGUAUGUUUUAUUGAGGAUAUCUGAUUGUAUUGUUUCACAGUGUUCGACUUGACAAAAGCAUGACUGAAAAUCAAGAGUAGGAUAAAGUCAUGGUUAAAGAAUAUGAUUAUGCUCUCAUCUGCUUCUGAUGCAUCAUCUAGUUUAUUGUAAGCUAAUUAUCAGUAAUUUGGUAAAUAAUCAAGAAACCGAGCCUGUUUACCACGACAGUCUCUGAAUAAAUUGGUGCUGUAUGUUUGCACCAAAAUUCAUCCUAAAUAAAGCAAAUACAACACCUUUUGUUUAGCAUGUUUCUG